CUUGCCCAAUUCACCUGCCUUGGGGCCAGAACGCCACAGUACCUGGUACUGGAACUUAAGAUCUCUUACUACAUAAACUCACUGUUCUCAAUAUUACUCGUUCUCCGAAUUCUUCGAAAACUCCUCCAUCAAUGACUUCGGAUCGCCGUGAAGCCCCGGGCCAAACGCCGGAUAAUGCCACUGCGGCCGCGCGCGCUCGAGAUUUCUUCUCUGUCCCUGCGCCGGUCAAGCGCAUUUUCGACCGCUUUCCUCUCGUCACAUAUCCCCCUAAUGAUCUUCCGUAUUGCUCUUGGUCCAAUCGACAAGGAAAUCGAUUGUUUGUCUUCACAGAUGCCGCCGGUGCCAGGCACGGGAGGCCGUCUUUUAACCCUCAGUGCCUCAAGUGGCAGGCAUACUUGAGAUUCGCUGGAAUAGAUUUCGAUAUUAUCCCGUCCAGCAACCACGCAUCUCCCACCGGCGCCCUUCCUUUCCUUCUCCCCGCACUACCCGUCGGCAACAACGCCCCUAUCCCUUCCAACAAACUUCAAAAAUGGGCCAUUGAGCAAGUUCACUGCGAAGAGGAGCAACAGUUGAACACGCGCUUCGAAGUAUACGCAUCAUUGCUGGACCACCGGAUACGAAAUGCUUGGCUGUAUACUCUGUACGUCGACGCUGAGAACUUCGAUGCCGUUGCCCGACGUCUUUAUGUGGACCCGAGCACCACGAACCCCGCCGUCCGGGCGGCUUUAGCGUUGCAGCUCCAGCAGGCUGCGCGGGCGGAGCUCCUCAAGACGUCAUCCUUCAUUGACGCCGCCGCGCUGGAAGCGGAAGCGGGUGAGGCAUUCGAGGCCUUGUCGACACUUCUCGGGGAUAACCUGCACUUCUUCGACCGGCCCAACCCCGGCUUGUUCGACGCUAGUGUCUUCGCGUACACGCACUUGAUCCUGGACGAGAAGAUGGGUUGGAAGCGCAAUCGGUUGGGACAGCUGCUGCGACGCCAUGAGAACCUUUUACAACACCGCGAAAGACUACUGAACCUCUUCUAGAGACGCAUGAGGGAGGAAAGAGAAGAAAACUUAGCCACACAUAAGC